GAGUCCACUUCCUGGUCACGUCGCGAACGAUACGUACUUGACAUGUUGUUUAUAGAACACUCACUUAUUUCUUGAAUCCUUGGUACUAGGAAUGCUACGUUUUGUAUUGCGACAAAACUGGCUCGUCCCGAUUCGUUUAGCGCUCGCCAUUUUGGACUUCCCGUAUACAGUCAACACUUACGGACUCAGGGCUGCCAUCCCCUGCUCUGUUGGCCAUCCUUUCAGAGUCAACCCCUCCAUCGCCCUCAUCAGUUCAAGUUGUUCUAACUACUCCAAGAGGGUCUGCACAAUGAGAUCUUCAGCACACAAUAAGUCCAGAUGCCCCGAGUACCCAGCCUCCAAAACCAAGCGCAUCCUGGUGAGUGAUUCCCAGGUGGACUGGAGUCAGAGCUUCCCAGGAUAUGAUCCAGUCAACUACACUCAUCCUUCAGUGGCAAAGAAGCCAGUCUGGGCAGAUCCUGAAAUUGGCUCAUUCUCUCCGCAGUUCAAUACUUUAGAUGGAGCUGUGGACAGAAGAAGCUUUGAGGGCUGCUACAAAGUGGAAGAUGGAAAGCCACUAAACCCUAAUGGACGCACAGGGCUGACGGGCAGAGGUUUGCUGGGGCGAUGGGGGCCCAAUCAUGCUGCAGAUCCUAUUGUCACAAGAUGGAAAGUAGAUGCUAAAGGAGAAAAGAUUCUUCACCAUAUCUCCAAAAAGCCCAUCCUGCAAUUUGUAUCCAUCAAGAGAAAAGAUUGCGGAGAGUGGGCCAUUCCAGGCGGGAUGGUAGAUCCAGGGGAGCAGGUUUCUCUGACGCUUCAGCGAGAGUUUUCAGAAGAAGCAUUGAAUUCGCUGGGAGUGCCGCCAUCAGAGAAAUCUAAAAUUCAUGAGCGCAUCACCCAACUUUUCAAAUCACCCGGUUUUGAGGUCUUUAAAGGAUAUGUAGAUGACCCAAGAAACACCGAUAAUGCUUGGAUGGAGACCGUUGCGGUCAACUUCCACGAUGAAAAUGGCAACAGUGUGAGCGAGCUACCGUUGCAAGCUGGCGAUGACGCAGGCCAAGUACAGUGGGUUGAUGUAGACUCGUCCUUCCCACUCUAUGCGAGCCAUUCUCAUUUACUGGAGCUGGUUGCUAAAGAGAGGAAGUCCCACUGGUAGCCACGGACUGCCAUAACAAUGUUGGAAACAUUUGUGCCAUGACAUCUUGAAGUAUAUAGGAUAAAAGACUUGAUUCCAAAGUAUAGAUUUCUUAAUUGAGAACAAACAACAUCACCAUUUGUUUGCCUCUCUCCUGUGUGUGUAUUACACGCACGCGCCGUGCAGCAACAUCUGAUCCGGGGGAAGCUUAACAUGCGACAAAAGACAAGGCCAACAUUAUUUCUGUUGCAGAAAAUUAUGCUAAUAUAUUCAUUGUGCACAAGGAUCACAUUAACCCAAUGUGGUCAUGUGAGAACAACACAAUUAGCUUCAUUAAUCGAAACGUGAUGAGUACAAUCACUAUGAGCUUUCGCAGGCUGAUCUUUACAUGGGAACAGAAAUGAACGACCACGAAAUUUUCAUCUUUACCAAUGCUAUAAGUGACACAUAGUAUGUGUGUACAUAUGUACUAAAUGUACAGUAUAUGUGUCCAGAUUUUUCAUCAUUCUCCAUCGUUAAUCAAUGUAGUGUAACCAAGUGAUUCAUUAAUUGUAUUAACACGAGUUGCCUUGUAUCCCUGUGUUUGCUUUUCUAUCUGUGCCUGUGGAAAUUAAUAAAAAAAAAUUUUACAGUGCGUGCUACUGCUAAUGUAUUUGAAAUGAAACACAUUUAAAGAU